CCGAACUCCAGGAAGCGCCUGGCUCCGACGCGACUGUUAUCACAUAUAGCAUAGCUUGCCAAUACCGGGAAAAGACAGGAGAAACAACUUACAUAAGGAACUCGCUGCUAAUCAGAUUUAUUUGUAUUUUGACAAAACUAUAUUUGUUUCAACUGAAGUUCCACAUCACAGGAAGGCAUACUGGCACAGUGGUGUGUAAAAGGACACUUCACGCGCGUUUUGGUUCACGGGCUACAUACUUCAAUGCGCACCAGACAAUUGGAAUGAUAUGACCAUUGGCCAUGUCCAUUUAGCAAAUGAACCAACAUUUCUUUUUUAGAUAUAUGAUCAUAUAGACUAUUUUAUUUGUUGACAAAGUCUGAGAAGAACGAAAAAGGGGAAAGAUGUUCCCUUUGCCUAUGUUCACCCCGGAACAAGUGGCUCGGGUGUGCGAGAACCUCGAGGAGACCGGCGACAUCGAGCGCCUGGGGCGGUUCUUAUGGUCCCUGCCUGCCGCUGUCCCUGGCUCCGCCGGGGAGGCUCUCAACCGCCACGAGUCAGUGAUGCGCGCCCGGGCGUUGGUCGCCUUCCACGGAGGAAACUUCGAGGCGCUUUACCAGAUCCUCCAAAGCCACCGCUUUACGCGCGAGUCUCACGCGAAACUCCAAGAUCUGUGGCUGGACGCGCAUUACCGCGAGGCGGAGCGGCUCCGGGGCCGUCCCCUGGGACCCGUGGAGAAGUACCGCAUCCGGAAGAAGUUCCCACUGCCUCGCACCAUCUGGGACGGCGAGCAGAAGACGCACUGCUUUAAGGUGAGACACCAAGCUGAGAGAACUCGCAGCCUGCUCAGGGAGUGGUACCUCCAGGACCCCUACCCAAACCCGUCCAGGAAACGGCACCUGGCCCAGGCCACGGGACUCACGCCCACACAGGUCGGCAACUGGUUCAAGAACCGACGCCAGAGAGACAGGGCCGCGUCGGCAAAGAACAGACUGCAGCAGGAUCCCACCCACCUGCCUUCUGGAUGCUCCCCUAAAGGUUCUGUCCAGGAGCACCACGCUCACCACCCCCGCCUGCUGGCCGCCUCCCCCCGUCACCCGGGCAGCCCCGAGGCCAGCGACUGCAGCACGGGCACCGAACCCCGGGGCACCGGAGCCUCCACCCCCGACAUCUCUGUCAGCAGUGACAGCGAGUUUGAAUCCUGAGGGUUGGGUCAUUGAGCACAGCUGGAGAGAGGCCCUAAUUGGUUGACUCCUGAAGAGAGAUGUUCUGAUUGGUCCUCAGCCAGGAAGCCCCGGCCCCACAGAUAUAGAGACAAUAUUGACACUGUAGAACUACUAUCUGUCUGUGAGUUGGGAUUGGACACUUUGACGAAAGACUUGAUAUGGACACUUGAUGUGGUUGCUAGUGGAAGAAUGGGGAGGGGUGGAGGGUUGGGGAUUGGACCAUCCACAAACACAUGCACUUAAAAUGCACCAUCGCACACGACUGUGAGGUACACGGUUAUUUAGUAUCGUAUGACUGUGCUGCUGACUUGUACAAAGAAAUACCCACUAGAAUUAUUUGUCCUGUAGAUUUUGACUGGAACGUGGGUAGUCAGUCAGUCGGGAGCAAUAGCAUAUUCUAUAACAGCAAUAACUAUUCUCAGGCACAUUAUUUAUAUAAAUAAUAUACACAGUCACAGUCUUAGAGCUAGAGUAAAUACUGAACUUGAAUUAUAAUGUUAUAUGUUUUGACCGGUUUCAAGUCAUAGGGGGUCUAUUUUUGAGUAUUCUAUCAUUGAGUACUAGCUUUAAUCCCAUUUCUUAAUUUGCCCCUUACAAUGAACAAUGCCUUCGGUAGGCUGUUGGUUUCUUACAUGAUCAGUCGUUGGUGAACUCAGAACUGCUUAUGAUCAGUGAUUGGAACAGACAGGUCUGCAUUUCUCUUCAUAGGCCUACACGUCACUGCCUUAAAAAGGAACUAUAGAAUCUCAUUCUACUCUAACUCUUUUAGUUCCACUUCCAUUUAGCCACCAUUGUAAAAGACAUCCCACAUCAUCACUACACAUUUGUAUAUAGAUUAGAUAGUUUAACAUUCUUCCUCUAUAAUGACAAUAUAACAACUGUACACUACCGGUCAAAAGUUUGGGGUCACUUAGAAAUGUCCUUGUUUUCCAUGAAAACAUACAUGAAAUGAG